AUGGUAUCUGAAUAUAACAAAAACCUCACCAUGACCAUGUUAAAUUUCACAACUCCAAUCCCUGGUGAUGGAGGCAGCGGCGUAAGUUGCUGUCAAUCAGACCAUAGUCAACUGGAAGGUGCCAUCCUACCCCCUGUCCUCACCAUCGACGUCAUACUGGGGCUGCUGGGAAAUAUGGUUGCUCUGUGGAUAUUUUGCUUUAAACUGAAGGUCUGGAACCCCAACAACCUGUUCCUCUUCAACCUGGUUAUCGCCGACUUCCUGGCUCUCAUGAGCCUGCCUCUCAGGAUCGAUGCUGCGCUCAGAGGCCACUGGGUGUUUGGUGAUGGCUUGUGCAGGAUUGACCUCUUUCUGAUGUUUUCCAACCGCUCGGCCAGCAUUGCACUCAUGACCGUGGUGGCAAUUUACCGCUACUUUAAGGUGGUCCACCCUCACCACCGGUUCAACCAUCUGACCAAGAGACAGGCUGUGCACGUGUUAGUGUUUGUCUGGCUGUUGGUCAUCAGCCUUUGGGCUCCCAUACUGGCUUAUAAACACAUUAAAGGCAGUGGCAACAGCACCCAGUGCUUAUACUUCACUUCUUCUUCACUCACCAUCAUAGUCAAAAUGCACCGCAUGCUGACGGUGCUGGAGUUUAUCAUCCCAAUGGUCAUGUUGUUGUUUUGCUCCAUCCGGAUUUCCAUCUUCCUGAGGGAGCGGAAAAUGGGAAAAUCUGAAAAGGUGCGCAAGGCGAUGAGGGUGUGCAAUGCCAUCGUCGCUGUGUUCAUAGUGUGCUUCUUACCUACCGUAGUGACGAGCAUCGGGCUGGGGGUCAUCCACUCGUACCGCCCACAGGACUGCGCCACCCAUUACACUUUCACCCACCUCAUCAUCGUGUCUUUGGGGCUGAACUUCCUGAACUCAGCUCUGGACCCCAUCUUAUACAUCUUCUCCAGCUCCAUGUUCAGGAAGGCGCUUUGCAGCUCACUUCCCCGUUUCCUGCGCUGCGGUCAGGACACAGGCGACACAGAGGAGACUGAAUGUCAGUCGACCACCCAGCAGGAAACUGUAAUCCAUGAGGGCCGACAGAGGGAAUGAAGCCAGGUAAUACGCUUUUCUUCAAUAACAAUGACUGGAUUAUGUUUUAAUGUGUUUGAUUUUUGUAGUAUUUUGUACUGAAUUGUCUGCUUGUAUUGUGUGUUUUAUUAAAUUUUUUUAUGCUGCUGAAGCUUUGUUUUACGUCUGUGAACUUUGUAAACACAUUAGAUUUUCAGUUAUCAUAAUUUCUUAAAUCCAAAGUCAGUGUAUGUAAAUAUACUUCAAACUUCUGUGGUUGAAGAGAUUACAGAUGUGUGUUUUAAUUAUAGGUAUUUAUUGAACCUUUAAAAGUUCAAAUUGCCCUCAAAGUUUGGAAAUUUAGAAAAAUACACAUAGAUUUGUUGUGCAUCAUCUUAGACAAAUUUCUGUGAAUUUUGUGAAUAUAUCUAUAUAUAUCUAUAUAUUGAGUCAUGGAUGUACAGACAACUAUCACUGGAUUACUUUGAUACUUAAGAAAACUUGAAAAUAUUCUGAUUCUUCAGCAAGUAAGUUCUGCAGCCUCCUUUUUCUCUGAUUUUUAUAUGGAUUUUUUGAGGUUUAUUGGCAAGGGAUAUCAGGGAUAAUGAUAUCCUCAGGAAGUGUAGGUCACACCAAAUGAUCUCAAUAUGUGUUUCAUGUCUGUGUGGUACGAUCUGACUGAGUUAUGACUCUGAGAAGGAGGAUGGUUUUUGACCUAAAUUCCUCUCAAUGUUUUUGCCUCACCUUCAACUCUCCAGUGCCCCCCUGGGGAGGCUGUCAGGGUUGGUAGUUACAGUGUUGGGAAAGGUGGGGGGGCUGACUUUUUGUUAAACUUCCCGGAGUAAAUUUCUUUUUGUAAAAUACAUCAAAUCUCAAUCAAGUCAAAAUCUCUUUUGUUAAUAUGUUGUUAUUUUGUUAAAGAUAAACUUCAUAGGCUUAAGAGCUAUUUGUUGUUUUAGUAGUUAAUCAGUACCUAAUAAUAACUAACUCUGGAAACUGCACAUGUAUUCCCGCAACAGAAACCUCAAGGUCAUGGGAAAUUUUAGGAUUUAGCAUGUCACCCUCCAUCCAACAGCUCAGCAUAGCUAUUAACUUAAUUCGUCUCUUUUAUCACCAAGAGAAGGAUCCUCUGCAAAACUAAACAAACCUAAACAUUUCUUUAAAUUUAAACACUUAAAUGUAACAUUAAUGGUGAAUGUACAUUCAUUCCAGUUUUUCAUAAACAUAAUAUUAAUGUAAUAAUAUAAUAUACUAUAAUAAAAUUGACUUUGUUUUCAUGUUCUGCUUUUCUGCUUAAUGGUGACUGCUAGGGCUGCAACUAGCAAUUAUUUUAAUUAUCAAUGGAUUAUUUUCCUUCCUUCUACGUCUUAUCUGACGCUCUGAGUCACCUCCACACUUUCCGCACUGAAUUCUCUGGGCCUGUUAACCUAGCCUUCUUGAUUUGGCGUGAACACAAUUAUGUGUUUCUGACUCUGUGAACGGGCACCACAUGAGUCAAUUCAAAUUUGAAUACAAAAUGAUUUUAGAUACAUUUUUACAAAUUUUAGCUUUUGAUUUCUACACAUUUCCUUCCUGUAUUCUUUUAGUCUGUUAACCUUGGCCAUCGUGAUUUUCCUUCAAAAUGGCUGCUGAUGCUGGCGUGUGCACUACUGGACCUAAGCUGCCUUUGACAUAAUCAAUCACAGCAUUCUGUUAUAUCUGGGAUAUCUUUUUUCUGAAAUCGAGCAAGUAGUCAAAUGUAUGUUACAUGAUCCAUAAAUAAAAACAAGAUUUACAAAUGUGUAUGUAGAUUUUUGGGUAAUUUAUGGUGUUAUGUGUCCACGUUUGAAACAUUAGAGUUUCUAAUACUUUAUUUCCAUUUUGAGACUUUUUCUGACAUCUGAAAUUAUUAUGAAGAACUAUUUUCUGAAGAUAAAUAUUUCUGUUGUGAGUUUUUCCCCCUUAGUUUAGCCUAGUUGACAUAUCAAAAUAGUCAUUCUUAUGUAGAGGCUCUAAGAUAAAGUCACAUUACAUUUAUUUUCAUCAUUUCUGUGUCUGUGACUUGAUGUGAUGUGAUGCAACAUCCUUUUGCAUUUUCUAAUCUUAAGUUUGAGGGAACAUGUUGAAACAGGAAAUCCUCAUGGGCUAAAGCCCAGUAACCAUAAUUUGCACUGGGGAGGGACUUAUGUUUUUUAUUUUGGCUUAGGAGAGGGACAUACAACUUAAAACAGCUGCAUUUUGUAUUUAUUUUAAAUAUGUUUUUUUCUUUUGAAAAUACAUGUUUUACUGCUGUAUGGUGACGGGGCUCAUAAAACAUUUCUGAGGAAAUAAACCCUUCAAACCUGCCUAUUCAGUUUGUGUUGGAAUGUAACGGGUCAAAUGAAAGAAGCCUCUAAUAACAGCCACUGUGGCAGCUGAUAUUAUUCUUGCCGUUUUUGCCACUGUUGUAUACGUUACUUUAUUUGGGAAAACAGUCAUUAUAUGCACGUCACUAAUGUUGGCUGUAUGCACGCUGUGGUGUGUUUGUGUGUAUAUGAGAGAGAUGUGUAGGCUUAUUAAAUGUUGGUUUUGUGUGGGAGGAGGGUUGCUGUCAUGCAACCAUAUUCUGCUGAAGUGCACACAGCUCGUGUGAUCAUGUAAUUUCUUAUAAGGUAGAUUUUCAUUUUUCCUAAGAGUGUCUCGUUCCUGAUGUUAUCACUGUCAUGCCAGCAAUGACAGGAAAGGAAACCUUCUCCUGUAAUAUUGCUCAAGUCCCUCACUAUGAGCAAACUUGCAGAGUAAGGUCAACAGGUCAUGGCAGGGUCUUUAGGGCAGAGGAGCAGUGUGCACUUCACAAGUCAAG